AUAAAGAGAUAGGGAGACAGUGCAUAUGGGGGGAGGGGUGAGGAGGUAAGAGAGCAGAGAGAGCAGUGGAGAGACUGAAUAAAGAUGACAGAAUAAGGAGAAAUGAUGGAGGUGUCCGAUGCCAUGAAGCAGAUGAACCCCAGUAGAGGAAUGACAGGAAUGUCAUCAGAUGGCUGUUUGUUUCUGAGCGCUGUUUGACAGGGACGCUGCACUACGAGCUGCAGUAGAGAGCUGAGCUGGAGUGCUCCUUGCCUCGUUCCAGUCUCAUAUUUGCAGCUUGGAGUCUCUCUUUUUAUUUUACUUUUUAUUUUUUUUGGCCCACUAUGUUGCCCUGGAAGGUGAUGGUCUUUUGUCUCUUCUACUCUUGCAUCCACACGUGUGACACACAGCGUCGCAACAAAGCUCUGUUUCCAUCUGUGAGAGUAAAGAGAGGGAUGCUGACGAUGCUGAACCCCACCUUCCUGAAAGCCAUUGAUGAUGUAAAUCUACUUUUUGAGAUCCUGCUGUCGGGUCUACAGUUUGGAGACAGCAGCAGACAGUUCUCAGUGAAUGACGCUGAACUGGCCUCUUUCAGGAAGACCAGAAAACUGGAGGUCAUCUGCGAGGAAAUAGUGCCAAGAAAACUGACAGACAUACGCAAGCUGACCGCCCAUCUUUCCAAUCACUUUGGUCAUCUACAUCAGGAAGAUUUUGAGCGUACGCUGUUGACCCUGGUGUACACUACCCAGCAGCUGGUCAAUUCCACCACUAACCACCAAAGAGAUAUUUGGGCCGAGUCCUUCGUCAGCUUGUUCAAAGCCAUCAAGCAGGAUUUGACUGGAACUGAAUGACUGGAUACCGUUGCUGUUACAUGAUCGCUCCAUGCUGAGGUUUUACACCACGCAGAAUAAAUAUUCUUUACGGAAAACAUACUGAUUCUGAAGCAGGACUGUGAGCAAAUGUUGCUGCAUACAAAAACUGAAAAAAACGACAAGCUUGCUGUAAUCUUAUUCUAAUAAGCAGCUGUCUGAUCAAAACCCACUGAUUAACCAGCCCUACGCAAGAUGUAAUUAACAAAGUAAUGAUUUUAGCACCAUGCCGUUUGAGUACAAUGUCCUUAGAGGAGGACAGAAGGUCCAGAGAGCUCCCUCUGAUGGCACUUUUUUUUACCCAGCAUAACGGACCGAUAGAAAUCCCAAAAGAGUGGCACACCA